CUCAUCCAUUUUCUAUUCUUUUAUCUCUCCAAAUAAAAUUCCAAAAACACCAAAAAUUUAAAAUGACAGUAUUGUUACCAGGCUCUCCCUUGAGCUGCCAUUUCUCAAUUCUUCCUUGUGUUAAAAAAGGUUAUUCAUUUUCUUAUAAAACGUCAACUUCUUUCAGUUUUCCGCCAUUAAAGGGUAGCUUCAGAAUCCAUGGAAGCUCAGAUAAUCUCGACACACCCACAACUGGUGAACAACAACAACAAGAAGAACAGAAUUUGCAAAUUAACAAUUUAGAGGAGAAAGAAAAUGAAAUCAGGGGUUCUUCUGCUUCCACUUCUACUUCUACUGCUGCUCCUGCAAUUGAGAAAGACAUAAAAAAGGUAGUAAACAAGGCAGCUGCAACCUUUGCUCCUAGGGCUUCUACAGCUUCCAAAAAUCCUGCUGUGCCAGGAAGUACAUUGUACUCAGUUUUUGAGAUCCAGGGAUAUGCAUCUAUGCUUCUGGGCGGAGUUCUCUCCUUCAAUCUUGUAUUCCCUUCAAAUGAGCCAGACAUAUGGCGAUUAAUGGGCAUGUGGUCCAUUUGGAUGUUCACAAUUCCUUCACUUCGUGCCCGAGAUUGUUCAAACAAAGAAAAAGAAGCACUCAACUAUCUUUUCCUCCUCAUUCCAUUGCUAAAUGUUAUAAUCCCAUUCUUUUGGAAGUCCUUUGCUGUUGUUUGGUCUGCAGAUACCGUUGCCUUCUUUUUGAUGUAUGCUUGGAAGUUGAGGUGGUUGCAGAAAAUAGAGUAAGGUUGCCAUCUUGGGUUGUCUUGGACUCUUGGAGAAAGUAUAUGCUGUACAAGAAGUAUUAAUUUUGAUUUGAUAUUGUACACAAUAUGUUCAAAACUUUCAAGGAAGCUGGAAACUCUAGUGAAGGAAAGACUAAGAUGCUUAGAAGCCAGACAGAGUUACACUAAUUGAAGUUAUUGAUUUGAUGCAAUCAAUUACUCCCAUUCGUUACGUGUAUGAACGGUGUUUUAAUGUUGUACGCGGAUUUUUAAUAGCAAUUGUAUUGGUAUUUAGUUAUUUACUCCGCAUAAAAUUAUAAUUGUUACUGUAUUUUAUACCUGUUUUGUUAAAUAGUAUAGGGACAUGGCUAAAUGGCUUAAAUGAUAGAUUUCCUAGUUCCAUCCUA